AUGGCUGGUUCAAGAUGGAUAAGGUCCGAGGUAUACCUACUUUUUGCUGCAGUUGGUGCUGUUCUUGGGAUAUGUACUUUGCAACUUGUUAGGAAUAUAUGGACCAAUCCUGAAGUCAGGUUAAGCAAAGAGAAGCGAAGUGCAGGAGUGCUAGAGAACUAUGCUGAGGGUGAGGCAUAUGCUGAACAUGGCCUGAGAAAGUUCCUCCGCAAGAGAGACCCUCAGGUUAUGCCAUCCCUCAACAAGUUCUUCUCUGAUCCAGAAUAA